CUGGCGGGUGGGCGCCCUGCAGAGACUGCUGCAGCUGGGGGUCGUGGUCUAUGUGGUGGGGUAAGAGGACAGCUCCCGGGUGUGCUGGCCAGAGCGGUCACGGCUGGGCUGAGGGGCGAAAGACUUGGUCUUCAGGGUCUGGGCUGGUGGUUGGUGGACAGGGCAGGACGUGGGGAGAAGGAAGGUUCUCCAUCUGUCUAGAGGCUGGGGGGUGUGUCAGAGCAGGUCCUGUGCUUAGGUGCCUCCCUGCAUCCUUUCCUGGGCCUUCUUCCCAGCCUUGUGCUGGACUCCAGUGCCCAGCAGGAUGGACCCCAUCCCCACACCGGGGGCCCUUGGCCGGGCAGGAGGUGGUCCCUGACACUCGUGAGAGCUGGAGCACUAAGGACCCCAGGAGCGACCACCAGUUCAAGCUGGGUUGGGGUCGUCUUUGAGGAGGAAGCCGGACAUAGACAGGGCAGGGGAGGGUGAUGGCUGGUGAAGGAGGUGAUGGUGGGCGUCCCCAAACCCAUGGGUGCCCAACAAGGGCCCUGGCUCUCUGAUGUGUGGCCAGCCCUGGGCUGGGAGCCAGGAGGCCACGGGAGAGGGGCUGGGGGCGCAGCACGCAGCCCGUCUGUCCUCCCCAGCUGGGCCCUCCUCGCCAAAAAAGGCUACCAGGAGCAGGACCCGGACCCCCAGGUCUCUGUCAUCACCAAGCUCAAGGGGGUCUCCGUGACCCAGAUUGAGGAGCUGGGGAACCGGCUGUGGGACGUGGCUGACUUCGUGAAGCCACCGCAGGGAGAGAACGUGUUCUUCUUGGUGACCAACUUCCUUGUGACACCAGAACAAGUCCAGGGCAGGUGCCCAGAGCACCCGUCCAUCCCGCUGGCUAACUGCUGGGCCGACCAGGACUGUCCCGAGGGGGAGACGGGGACGCACAGCCACGGCAUAAAGACGGGCCAGUGUGUAGUGUUCAAUGGGACCCACAGGACCUGCGAGAUCCGGGGCUGGUGUCCAGUGGAGAGCGGCGCUGUGCCCGUGAAGCCCCUGCUGCUCCAGGCUGAGAACUUCACCCUGUUCAUCAAAAACACCGUCACCUUCAGCAAGUUUAACUUCUCCAAGUCCAAUGCCCUGGACACCCAGGACCCCACCUACUUCAAGCUCUGCCGCUACGACCCCCGCUCCAGCCCCGCCUGCCCCGUGUUCCGCAUCGGGGACCUCGUGGCUGCAGCCGGAGGGGUCUUUGAGGAUCUGGCACUGCUGGGCGGGGCCGUGGGCGUCCACAUCCGCUGGGACUGUGACCUGGACAGUGGGAGUGCUGACUGCCGGCCCCAGUACUCCUUCCAGCUGCAGGAGCGGAGCUACAACUUCAGGACAGCCACUCAUUGGUGGGAGAGCUCGGGUGUGGAGGCCCGCAGCCUGCUCAAGCUCUACGGGAUCCGUUUCGACAUCCUGGUCACAGGGCGGGCAGGGAAGUUUGGGCUCAUCCCCACGCUUAUCUCCCUGGGCACAGGAGCAGCCUGGCUGGGCGUGAUCACCUUCCUGUGUGACCUGCUGCUGCUGUAUGUGGACGGAGAAGCGCACUUCUACUGGAGGAGCAAGUACGAGGAGGCAAAGGCUCCAAAGAGGACCGCCCACCCCGAGCAGACGGAGCUGGUACCCGCACCCCCGCGCCCGGCCUUCCAGGGGCCUUAGAGGGCGUCCAGCGCCUGUCCUGACGGCCACGGUGGCUUCCGGGAGCUGGACACCGAGGCUGUGGCCCCACUAGACGGCCCGUUCCUGAGGCCUGCUCCCUGCUGGUGGGGGCUGGGGCUGGGAAGGCGGGGGCCUCGCCUUGAGACCCUCGUGGAUGGAGCCACCAGGACUAGGACAGGGUGGAAGGACGAGUCCUUCGAGGCGGGGAGCGGCCCAGAGCCGCCUGUGCGGAGACCCGCGGCAGGGUGCCGUCCUGGGGCUCCAGCUGCGUCUGUGUGCGGAAAACCCUCUCCCAGCUCUUCGCCAGGAUGCCCAGGGCGGCCCCCGCACCGGUGGUCCUCACAGCCCCUCCUCUGGCUGUGCAGACCCUGGCCCUCUCCUCCGUCAGCACCCCCAUCUGGAGCCCCCAUCUCAGAGCCCCAGGGUCUGAGGCAGACUGUCUCUGCCGCUGGGAUCUGCUGCUGGGAUCCUCUCCUGGAAUUCAGACUGGGCUGGGCAGACGGCCCAGCCCUUCCCCGUGUCAGCCCUCAGGCUCUGGGGGGCUGGGACUGACAGCAGACCAAGGACAAGCUGCUCUGGUGAUGGGUUGAGCCCCCUGGAGACACCCAGCCCACCCCCUGGAACUGUGCAGGUGGGGAGGACUGGUGGGAGGGGAAUUCUCGCUGCCCAGGGUCACCCCCGGGGCCAGCCUACAGCUGCGGCUCUCUGGAGGCCCUGUCCUUCGGGAGCGGAGCCCCAAGGCUGGAAGGAACGUCCCAGAAAGCCCCAGAGGCCACGGCACUCUGGCCAGGGUCUGGUGUGCAGUCUGCAUGGGGUCUGGGUCUGGGUCCCCCCUGCUGGACUCCACAUGGCAGAGGUUCGGGGGUGCCCACGUGGGAGGCCUGGGGCUCUCUCUCACGGGGCCUGGCGACCAGGCG